AUGAAAAAUCAUCUUGCUGGAACCCAUAUCCAAGUUAAGCCAUGUAGUCAAGUUCCCGAAGAUGUUAAGAUGAAAUUUCAAGAGUUGUUGGAAGCAAAGAAAGUUAAUAAGGAUGAUGAUGAUGAUGAUGAUAUGGUUGAUAUUUUUAAACAGCAAGAUGUUAAUCCAAAUACGGGUAAAAUUGAUAGUUUUCUUAGUAAGGGAAAAAAAGGAAGUGGUUCUAACUCUAAGCAAAGAACUUUAAAUGAAGUUGUGAAGGAUAGGGAAAAGGGAAGGGGAUUGAAACCUCCUACUUGUCAUGAAGUAAGAGUUUCUUAUUUGAAGAGAGAGGUUGAUCUUGUGGGAGAAAAACUUGGAAAGUAUAAAAAUGAGUGGAAAAAGAAUGGUUGCACAUUAAUGUCAGAUGGGUGGACGGAUGGAAAGGGUAGAUCAUUGAAGGAGAUAGGAGAAGAGCAUGUUGUACAAGUGGUAACUGAUGGAGCAUCCAAUUAUGUAGCUAUCGGUAGAAUGUUAGAAAAGAAAAGGAGAAAGCCAUUUUGGUCUCCUUGUGCGGCUCAUUGUCUUGACUUGAUUCUUGAGGAUAUUGGAAAGAUUACGGUAUUCUAUGACACCAUUGCAAAAGCCGAGCAAGUCAUAAGUUUCAUUUAUAGGCAUACAUGGGUGCUUAAUUUAUAUAGAAAAUUUUCAAAGGAUAAAGAGCUAGCACGACCUGCAGUAACAAGAUUUGCAACGUCUUUUCUCACAUUGAGUUGCAUUAUGGAUAGUAAACUAGCUCUUAGGUCCAUGUUUGCAUCAGAAGAAUGGGCAAAUAGUACACAUGCUACUACAGUUAAGGGGAAAAAAGUGGUGGAUAUUAUCUUGAGUGAUACAAGAUUUUGGAAAUCCAUCCAAUUUGCCUUGAAAUGUGUGGAUCCACUAGUGGAGGUUUUGAGGCUUGUAGAUGGUGAUGUGAAACCAGCAAUACGAUACAUAUAUGAAGCCAUGAGAAGAGCAAAGAAUCAAAUUGCAAAGAAUUUCAACAAUGUGGAGCAUCGAUAUAGAGAAAUAUGGAAGAUAAUUGACACUCAUUGGGAUUUUCAACUUCAUAAGCCAUUUCAUGCAACGGCAUACUACCUUAAUCCUAAGUACCAUUAUGAUCCAAACUUCAAUCCGGACAAAGAAGUUAAACUUGUAAUUGAGAAGAUGUAUCUCGAUGUGGAAACAAGAGUUGAAGUUGAUGCUCAACUUGACAAGUUUAAAAGAGGAGUAGGAUUAUUUGGAAUGGAUAUGACCAUAAUAACAAGAGACAAAAAACAACCGGAAAUGGGGCAAAAGCUUAGAGAGGAGAAAGGAGAGGCAUAUGAUCCAAUAUGUUUAUUGGACAUAGAAUCUAAUGAUGAGUGGAUUAUGGAAAAAGAAGAUCCUUGCUUGACGGAUGAUAAUUCAUGGAUGGAUGUUCAAGAAUGCUUCAACAUAGAUGAAGGUGCUCCUAAUGAUAAAAGAGCCAGAGACCAAGGAACUUGA